AUGUCUUCAACAUCAUCCCCAGCUGCCAAUCCGAGACAGGUCAAUUCUGUUUCACUCAACUCGUUCAAUCAAAACCAUCUACUAUACGAUCAAGUCCGACCAGGAUAUAUCCCAGAGGCAGUUGAGACCUUUCUUCAGAAAUUGCAUAUCACGACAGGUUCGAAAGUUGUUGAAUUGGCUGCGGGUACUGGUAAGUUCACCGCUUCAAUCGCCGACUCAGGGUUUGAUAUUAUUGCAGUAGAACCUUCGCCUGGGAUGCUGAAAUCCUUCAAAAAGAAGUUUCCUCAGAUCCCCACUAUAGAGGCUUCUUCGUAUGAUAUUCCAUUAGAAAGUGAGUCCAUUGAUGCUGUUAUUGUCGCUCAAGGAUUCCAUUGGUUUGCAAAUGACGAGUCUGUGAAGGAAAUUGCUAGAAUACUACGUCCAGACGGUCGAUUGGGCCUGAUUUGGAACUAUGAUGAUCUGGAGGCCCUAGACAAGAAUAGCGUCCAGCGUAGCAUUGCUGACUAUAUCCAUUCUUUUGAUCUGGAUGUACCUCAGUACCGCCGAAAGGAGUGGAUCCCUGUUCUUCUCAACCAACCCUAUUUCUACGUCCCUUAUAAAGAAGAACAUUUUAAUUUUAAAAAGAGGGUCCCAAAUGACAAAGACUUUUUCUGGAAGUAUUGGGAGAGUCGCAGCUAUAUCACAGCUCUUUCUGAGGAAAAGAGAUCGGAAGUGCAGCAAGAGGUCUAUAAGCUGUUUAACAGAAACCUCAAACCAGAGGACAUCAAUGAAGAUGGUACCUUGACUUUUAGGGCUGGUGUUCAUCUCGUAUGGCUAACUAAGAAGUGA